CGUCCGAAGGUCCCUUUAAGUACAUUGUCGCUUUCCUGAGUACCGCCCUGGACAGCUGGCCACAGCUGCCCAAGGAGGCCCGCCCCCCUCUCCGGAUCAAAGAGGAAGGGACAGUGCUCACAGGUCUGGGCAGGUGUCCACAAAAUAUGAGGGGCCACCCCUCUCUACUGCUGCUGUACCUGGGAUUGACCACCUGCCUGGACAUCACUCCCAGUGGGGAGCAGGAUCAAGAAGUCUUCCUGGACUCCCCAGAGGCUCAGAGUUUCCUGGGCAGCCGCAAGCGAGUGCCCAGAGCCAAUCACUGGGACCUGGAGCUGCUGACACCAGGGAACCUGGAGCGGGAGUGCAUUGAAGAGCGGUGCUCCUGGGAGGAAGCGAGGGAAGUCUUCGAAGACAACACACUGACGGAGCGCUUCUGGGAAACCUACACCUACAAUGGCAAAGGAGGGCGCAGACGCGUGGACCUCGCAGGGCUGGCAGUGGGGCUGGCCUCUGGUUUUCUUCUCAUCAUCCUGUCCGGCGUGGGAGCUCUCUGGUAUCUGAAUUACCGACGGCGCCGAAACCAGCAGUCCAGUCCCCAAGAGGUGGUGCUCAUCAGCCCCGUGGACACGCCGACGCCCCUGCCUCCACCCCCACCUCCAGGUCUCCCCACCUAUGAGGAGGCUCUGGAGGCCUCUGGGGUACACGACGCGCCUCCACCCCCUUACACCAGCCUCAGGAGGCCUCAACACUGAAGAGCAGUUUCAGAGCCGGGUUCCCUAGACUGCCCGGUUCUUCCCGUCUCCGGAAUCUUCCAAAUCUCUCAAGAUCGGGGCCGAGCUGGUGGGCGUGGAAGGAAGGGUCGUCUAGCCCGAGCCCUACACUCGCCCCGAACGUACUCACACUUGUCUCUGGCUAGCGGGCCCCCACGUUCUUCUGAUCUCUGGCACCUACCAGCCCCGCCCUCGGACCCUGGCGCACGGACCAGUUCUGCGGACUCCUGUGUGUGGGCAGAUGGGACCGUAGCCGUCGCCCUCCAGUCCCACGGGCCACGCACAAGCAGAGCCUCAAGUACGCACACCCGCCCAGGGGGUGCUUCGCAACCCCGGGAAAGAAAGGGGGUCGGGGAUGUGGUGUGCGCAUACUAACAAGAAUGUUCGCUCCCAUUGCAUCGGGGAUGGGGGUGAGACUGGAUUUAAGCUGUUCUCCCAAAUAAAGACCAUUUAGGGGAAGAAAAUAAAAAGCCUUCAAAAGCCGAAACAACACAAAAAGAGGAAAAGCGAAAGAAACCGCGUUCCCG